GCCUAUCAAGAGUCAAGAUUGAAUAGCGGGUCUCAAUUUUAGGUAUACUCAAGAACAGGGUCUUUAUAUAUUGAUCACAUACAGAAAUCGUUCUCAUCUUUAGUCUCUUCACAAAGAUACUAUUCAUUCAAUUCCCACUAAGAAUAUGGCGGAAGGAGCUUUGGUCGGCGUUGCUAAGGGAAUCACAGAGAAAGUGAGCAACCUCUUAGCCCAAGAGAUUGUACUACUCUGGGGCGUCAAAGACGAGAUCGAAAGGCUCGGCGAAACAGUUUUGACAAUCAGUGCUGUGAUUGAGGACGCAGAGGAGGAGCAGCAUCACAACAAUCAAGUCAGAGUGUGGCUGAAAAGGCUGAACGAUGCACUUUAUGAAGCGGACGACUUGCUGGAUGACAUCUCCACUGAAGCUUUACGACGGGAAGUGAUGACACGGAAUAAGAAAGCAAAAGAGGUACGCAUCUUCUUUUCCAAAUCCAACCAGCUUGUAUAUGGUCUUAAAAUGGGUCAUAAGGUUAAGGCAAUGAGGGAGAGGCUAGAUGCCAUCAAAAACGAUAAGGGGUUCCACUUAGAUGAACGUACACAAGCGAGGAAUUAUAGGGUGAGAGAAACUCAUUCUUUUGUACGUACUGAAGAAGUUAUUGGGAGAGAAAAUGAUAAGAGAGAGAUUAUAAGAAUUCUUUUGGAUACCAAUGUUGAAGAGAGUGUGUUGAUCCUUCCGAUAGUCGGACUUGGAGGACUAGGAAAGACGGCAUUAGCUCAACUCGUAUUCAAUGUUAAAGAAAUCCAACAUCAUUUUGAGCAAAAGCUUUGGGUGUGUGUCUCUAAUGACUUUGAAUUAAAAGUAAUUGUUAAGAAAAUUUUAGAGUGCACAAAAAAUAUGAAACUAGAAGACCUUGAAAUUAACACAUUGAUAAAUGAUCUUAAGAAAGAAAUUGAUGGAAAGCGAUACCUACUUGUGUUAGACGAUGUAUGGAAUGAGGAUCCUCAAAAAUGGCUUAGCCUAAAAGAUCUUUUAAUGGGUGGAGCAAGAGGUAGUAGGAUAUUAGUGACUACACGCAUUAAGAAAGUGGCAGAGAUUACGAAAACUGUUCAACCAUACAUGUUAAAGGGUUUAGAUAAAGAAAAGUCUUGGUGUUUAUUUAAGCGGUUUGCAUUUGCAAAUGGACAAGAUUUACAGAAUCCUUACAUUAAGGAAAUUGGAAUGGAAAUCAUUGCAAAGUGUAAAGGAGUCCCUCUUGCCAUAAGGACACUAGGAAGCGUAUUGUACUUUAAAAACCCAGAAAAAGAAUGGUUGUCUUUUAAGAAUGAUGAACUUUCAAAAGUAGCUCAAAAAGAAAAUGAUAUCCUACCAUCACUUAAACUAAGUUAUGAUCAUCUUCCUUCAUAUUUGAAGCAAUGCUUUGCUUAUUGUUGUUUAUUUCCAAAGGAUUACAAAAUUCAUAAACCGACAUUGAUUAAAAUGUGGAUGGCGCAAGGAUUCAUUAGGUCUUCAAGUCAAAACCAAUGCUUGGAAGAUAUUGGUCAUGAGUAUUUUAUGGAUUUACUUUGGAGAUCAUUCUUUCAGGAAGUUGAAGAAGAUGGGAGUGGAAAUAUAUUAAAAUUCAAAAUGCAUGAUCUCAUGCAUGAUCUUGCAAAAUCGGUAGCAGCAUCUGAUAAUGCCACUUUUUAUUCAAAAGAGGAAGACAUUCAAGAGAAAACUCGCCACAUAUCAUUUGAUAGAACGUUUCUUUCAUCAUCAGGAAUUCCAUUCUCAUUGUAUAAAGCAAGUAGGAUAAGAACAUUUGUUUUGCUAAGUCAAUCUCAACACCCAAGAUUGGGUAAGUCAACUUACAAUGUAAUUGUUUCAAGAUUUAAGUUCAUACGCUUGCUGGAUCUACAUGAUAUGGGUAUUAAAAUAAUUCAGAGUUCCAUCGGGAAGUUAAGGCAUUUAAGGUACCUUGAUCUAUCUUCUAAUUCUAUUAGAAUGCUUCCUAAUUCCAUCACAAGAUUGCAUAAUUUGCAAACACUAAGACUCUCUCGAUGUCCAAUUAAAGAAUUGCCUAAAGAUAUUAAAAAAUUAGUCAACCUCAGGUAUCUUGAGAUUGAUGAGUGUAGGCGUUUGACUCAUAUGCCAUGUGGACUGGGCCAGUUGACUAAGCUUCGAACAUUGUCACAAUUUGUGGUAGCUAAGAAUAGUUGUUUACUCUUCUGGCGCAAUGGUGGAUUGAAGGAACUCUAUGGGCUAAACGAGCUGAGAGGAACUCUACAGAUUAGGAGAUUGAGACAUGGGAAAGAUGCUUUAUUAGAAUCUAAGGAUGCAAAUAUGAGAGAGAAGCAACAUCUUCAAGGCCUGACGUUGAGGUGGAUAAAAGAAGAAGUGGAUGAGUCCAACGUUUGUUAUGAUGAAGAGUCACUUGAAGCCUUGUACCCACAUUCAAAUCUUCAUGAAUUGCAUUUACUGCGAUAUGGGGGAGUGAAAUUUCCAAGUGGGACUUCAUCACUUUCAACUCUUGUAAACUUUUCCCUAAAUAAUUGUAACAAAUGCCAACAUCUUCCACCAUUGGAUCAAUUUCAUUCUCUCAAAAGUCUCUCUCUUGAAUGGAUGAAUGAUUUAGAGUACAUAUUAGAGAAAGAUGACAACUGUGGGUUCUUUGAUUCUUCAUUUCUCCCAUCUCUAGAGCAACUCCAAAUUAAAUAUUGUCCAAAUCUAAAAGGAUGGUGGCAACGACAGAGGGAUUCUGUUGAGGAGGUCGAUAAUCAUUCACUGCCUUCAUUUCGUCGUCUUUCCAACUUAGUUAUUUGGCAUUGCCUUAAGCUGACAUCCAUGCCUCUAUUUCCAAAUCUCAAAAAGCUAAAGCUGGGUAUGUGUAGCUUGAAGCCAUUGGAGCAAACAUUGAGGAUGAAGUUGACAAACAUGGCAACCCUAGAGAGCCUAACAUCAAUAGCAACAUCAACCUCUUCUUCUUCUACAAUUGCUGAUUCCUCGUUUAUCCCUCUCUCCAAAUUAAAGUUUAUGACAAUUGUGAAUAUGGAGGAAACUUUGCCCAAAGAGCUGAUGUGCAAUCUCAUUUCUCUCCAAGAUUUAAGUUGUGGUCCUCUCCCUCUCUCUCAACAGCUCAUUGCUCUUCGGCGUUUGAUAAUUAAUGGUUCUAACGAGUUUGAUAUAAUAAACAAUGGAGAUGAGAUGGAAUGGCAUGGCCUUCAGAGGCUUCGCUACCUAAAGUUCUACAGCAUGCCAAAUUUGGCCACUCUACCAGUGGGGAUUCAACAUCUCACGUCUUUACAAAGAUUCAAGAUUUAUGAUUGUCCAAGUUUAUUGGCUAUACCAGAGUGGAUCAGUAACCUCACCUCUUUGCAAUCGCUAAAAAUUCGGAGUUGUCCCAUCUUAUUGGAAAGAUGCAAGAAGGCGGGUGAAGAUUGGCCUAAGAUUGCUCACAUCCCACACUUGGAUAUAUAGUCAGAUGAAGCACCUACUCUGAGGAUUUGGAGCUUAAUCAAAGCUUUUGGGUGCUGCAAUUGCUCAACAAGUCAACAAACUCAUCGAUUGCAGGUUGCCCUGGGCUAAGAUCAUAAGCUGAUGUUAAUGGUCAAAGUAGCACCCAAAGAAAGGAAUUAUUCAUUUUCCUGAUAGUUGCCUUUCAGUUAUUGUAUACUCCUACUGGUUAGAUUUUACGAAGGUAUGGUGAGUUUAUCGGUAACUGGAUUUUAGCAGAAGCUUGAGGAGUAUUGAAUACUGAAGCAGACAAGCUUAAGAGUGCAUGUUUCUUCAAACCUAGCUGCUAAUAAGAUUAUGCAGCAUACUAUUAGAAAAGGAACGAGCUUUGGUAGGUUCUAAUGAAUGAAGAGCAUAGCUUGUUGUUAGAGCAGACUACAGAGUACCCCCUGAUUUCAUAGAUAGCUUAAUUUCAUGGUAAAUGAUUCUUGGACUUUUUACCACUUGUGACGUUUUUUUAGUCAUAAAUGUUAUUUUUUGCGCUUCUCAAAGUAUAACCUUUAUUCCUACAUAACAGUAUUCUUAAAGCUUCUCAUAGAAAUCAAUCACAAGAACUCUCAAGAGAAAUAUUUUAAUCUGGACUAUAGAUGCCAUUAGUUACUACAACAGGUUUUGAUAUUAUUAUUUUCUCUAUUUGUGCAUAUAUUUCAAUGAGAAAGCCAUCCGAUCUUGCUCUAACAGAAAAGUGGUUGAUAUACAACUUACUAAAGAAAAUAAGAGAUUAGCAUUGUCAGGAGCCAUGUUCAACUGACUAAUUGAUUUGCAGGGAAAAUACAUGAAUUUCCAAUGAGAUGGUCAUUAAGCCUUUCCAUGAACAACACUUGCUUGGUAGUGGUUCUUGUAUUGGUGAGUAUCAGCAUUGAGCACAUGUUCCAGAAGUUUCAUUCUAUGAAUCAAGUCAUGUGUUUCAACACUUUUCUAGACAGAAAUUUGCUUUCAAGGCAAAGAAAUUGUGAAAUGUUCCCAGUAUGUCAAAUGAAAUUGCUGCACAAAUGACUACGAAGGUUUCCAACAACAAUAUUCUAUGGUAGCAUCAUUUCAGAACCAAUGGAAAAAUAGGCUUCUGAACUCCUAUUGUCUCAACUGAUUAACAAGCGGAUUAGAGAGUUUUCAAUUGAUCAGACUAUCUGUGUUUUGUGUCUUAAAGAUUUUUGGCUUGCAGUUAUUGGAGAUUUUAUUGGUCCUCCUCAGUGAUUAGAUGACAAGAGCAACAAAUAUCAUCUCACAGCACUAUGAGGUCCACAACCUUGGAGGACUUGUGCUUUUGUUCAGUAGAGUGGAAAAUAAGGAUAAGUGGAUAUAAUAAAAGAACGACAUCAAUUUUUUGAUUCGUAUUUGGGUGGCUGCAUCUGCAUAACUUGCAAGUUGUCUUUUGACAGUCUUCCAUGUCUUAUGAUAGCUUGUUGAUGAUGCAACCAGUUGCUUUGCAGCUAAAAGCCUAAAACCAAGAAGAGAAUAUAGUUGAAGGAAGCAAUUGAAGGCGUUCUUGUUUGUUCCAUGUAGUCGAAGACCUAACAACCAUCAAGAAGAGCUGCCCUAUUUCCAACUGGGAGGUAUAUUCUUAAGGAAUUCAAGCACCAAUGUCAAGUGUGAAAGUCAAAUUUGAGUCAUAUCUGACUUGGACUCCUUUUGUUGACUUGGGCUAGGACUCUAUUCCUUUUUGGUUUGGUAUUUUAAUUAAGUACAGGGUACUGUACUUGGUUUAGGAUUUGAAUAAUUAUACUACUACACCUCGACUUGGUGUGUGCUCUUUACGAAAUAUCAUCUCAGCCUUGACUCUUGUAAACUGAGAGAGUGAGAGUUCUUUGGGUGUAUUCGGGGUUUGGGUUCUAUGAGAGUGUCUGUCACAUUUGUAAUCUUAUUUUCUUAGUGAAACUUUCUUGACACUGCCCGUGGAUGUAGGCCUAGGCUGAACCAUGUAAA